AGACAAGGCUGCAAGAUAGAGCCAGCGCACUCCCAAAGUCCACUGGCACUGGCACCAUCCGCGUGUACACAAGAUGGCCGCCGCGAAUCGAGAUCCACCUCUUCUGCGUUUGGUCGAGUCUGGAGACGCAAAGGGGGUACACGACGCCCUCGCCGCCCUCUCCGCCGACGCCCGCAAGGCUUUUUUGGCGGGAACCUCGGCUUCGUCAGGAGAUGGUGGCAGACGCUGCUCGAAGCCCCUCUUGCACGGGGCAGUCGAGAAGGACCAGAGGAAGAUGGUAAAGACGCUCCUCUCCUAUGGCGCUCAUGUAAAUGCCAAGGGAGGAAUACACGACUCCACCCCCCUGCACAUAGCAGCGGGCGAGGGCCACUUGUCGGUUCUUGAGAUCCUCCUGCAGAAGGGCGGGGACUUGAAGGCGAGGGACAACAGCGGUUCCACCCCGUUGCACUGCGCUGCCCGAGGAGGCCACGUGGCUGUGGUGGAGGCACUCGUCCAGAGGGGGAGUGAUAUCAGCGCCGUGGAGGGAGUAUAUAAAAGGACGGCCCUCCACUUGGCCGCUUCUGCAGGGCACCCGGCAGUGCUGGAGGCCCUUGCGAGGCGAGGGGCGGCCGUAGACGCCGUGGACGAAGAAGGCAACACGCCCUUGCAUCGAGCGGCCGCCAAGGGCAAUCUCCUGGCCCUGUGCACGCUGCUGGUGUUCGGAAGUUCCACGAAGAAGAGGAACAAGGAAGGGAAAACGCCCAUGCAACUGCUGACGAUAUCGCUUGCUAAGGCGAAGAAAUUAGUUGCAAUCGAGAACGAAAGGAUUAGAUUGCAACGGGAGAUCAGCAUCAUGGAUGAAGAACUCGCGAAGAUGGAGCGGGAGAAGAACAGGAGAUGCAACGCGAUGGAGGGCGAGGCAGCUGAUCUGCAGGAGGAAGUCAGAGAACUCAAGGAAAGGGCUAAGAAGAGGGAGGAGGCUUUCCGGUCUUUGGAGGUAUGUGGA